AUGGGGAUUCUCCUCACCCCAGCUCAAACUCUAUUUAACGUAUUCCAAGAUGGACACCCAAUUGAGGAGUAUGUCGCCAGUUUCCUGGAACUCUCUGCCGGGGUAAGCUGGUCAGAUGAUGUCUUAAAAACUGUCUUUUGGCUGGGUUUGGAUAAUCAUCUGUACCAGCAAGCCCCAGCAGCUGCGGUUCCAGGAACCCUCUCCUGUUACCUGGAUCAUGUGUUGUGGUUGAGUGGGUCAGUCCUCACCGUUGGUGAGACUGAAGAUACCAGCACCGCUCAACCACACACACCCACCAUCUUCACCCCACCAGCCCUCACCGCCUUCCAUCCGGAACCCUCCUCAUCGCUGCCCCACUGCUUCCCCGGAGUGCUUCGAGGAGGUAGAAUCGUUGUGGGUCUGCCGGCCACCAACUCCAUCUGGGUCAGGGGAUCCCCGGUCUCCUCCUCGAACCUCCUCGACCUGGUCUCUGCCGCAGCCCUCUGGUCCAUUACCUCCACCAUGGCUCUUACCUCCCUCACCUCCGCCGUGGCCCUUCAGCCCACCAGCUCCUCCAGGCUUCCUUGUCCCCCCGGUUCCCCCUUGGUCCUUCAUCGACCCGCCCUCACCCUGGGACUACCCUCCUCUUGCUUCGCCUCGUCGCUGCGUCCUUCUGGUUCAGUUGGGCUCUUCUCUCCCUCCGGGUCCACCUUGGUCCUCGGUCGCUCUGGCUGCGCCGCGGUCUUCAGGAUCCUCGUCUCGGCCUCAGUCGCCGGAGCCGUUGGUGUCGCCAUGUCCCGCCAGCCCUUCUACAUCGCCCGGUCUCGCUGGCUCGAUGGCUUCACCCGGGUCUCCUCGAUCACCUGCUCCGCCACCAUCAGUCGGCUCCCUGGAGUCGUCAGUCCUGCCCCCUCCAUGGCUCCUCCCUCCGUCAUCUCCGCCGUGGCCGCCGGAAGGAUGGAUGAGAUGAUCACUAACAUCAGAGAGGUAUUUGUGAGCAAUCUGUAUGAUCUAGCCUGGAUGGAUGCUGAAACUAAGAAAGCUGCAGAGGAGAAGGCCCGAACAAUCAGAGAAAGGAUUGGUUUCUCAGAAAAUAUCAUGAACAACACAUACCUGGACCAGGAGUACCAAGAUUUAAGCUAUAAUGCAGAAGAAUACUUCGAGAACAUCCUGAAGAACUUGGAGUUUGGUCAGAAGAAACGCCUGAAGAAACUGAGAGUCAAAGUGAACAAAGAAGAAUGGAUAACAGGAGCUGCUGUGGUCAAUGCAUUCUACUCAUCUAGCAGAAACCAAAUAGUAUUUCCUGCAGGUAUUCUUCAACCACCAUUUUUUGGUAAAGGUCAGCCCUGGUCUCUGAACUAUGGAGGCAUCGGGAUGGUCAUUGGACAUGAGAUCACUCAUGGCUUUGAUGACAAUGGGCGCAAUUUUGAUAAAGAUGGUGACCUCAAAGACUGGUGGACUCCAUCUUCGACUCAGAAAUUCCAUGAGCUUUCCAAAUGCAUUGUUGACCAGUAUGGAAGCUUCUCUUGGGAUUUGGCGAAUCGACAAAAUCUAAAUGGGAAUAAUACCCUUGGGGAGAACAUUGCUGACAACGGGGGCAUUCGCCAGUCUUAUCAAGCUUACCAGAACUUUGUGAAAAAACAUGGAAAAGAAGCUCCUCUGCCUGGAAUUGAUCUCAAUCAUGAGCAACUCUUUUUCCUUAACUUUGCACAGGUUUGGUGUGGAACACAUAGACCUGAGUAUGCUGUAAACUCCAUCAAAACGGAUGUCCACAGUCCAGGGAAGUUUAGAGUUCUCGGGUCAUUACAGAACUUCCCAGAGUUUGCCAAAGCCUUCCAGUGCCAGAAAAAGGACUACAUGGUGCCUGAGAAGAUUUGCCGGGUGUGGUGAUUACCUGAGGAACAGAAGGGUUAUAUUGAGGGCCUGUGGUCCGUAGACCCUCUCACCUCUCUGCUGACUCUUAGACCACUAUGGCUCAUCUAUAUACAGCUUUAUAUAUAAAACACAAUAAAAGAAUAGUUACUUUA